AAGUUUCAGAUAUUAUUUUUUCUUCUGGGUUUUUGCCUAGUUUAAUUAGUUUUUGUUUCACAUAAUUAAUUUUUUGUCCAUCUGCAUUGUAGCUACUUCUUGGUGGGUAGGAAGAUUAUACAGGUGUCUGCAUCUCAUGUGCUCUAAGCAUGUUACUGAAGAAAUCUAUGUAUUUGUGUAUGGUUAUCUGUCAAGCUGCAUAAUUCCUAGUUGUUUUUGUUUUUCUGAGGUGAGAUAUUUGGACUGGUUUUUGCCUCCCAGAUCUGUUUUAGUAUAAAGUUAGGCAAGUUAAUUAAAAAAGAUAGAAUCUUUAGCCUUAUUGGUUUUGCUUAGAAUUUGCUCUGUGCAAUUGCAGACUGCAAAAAAAGUAUGUUUUUCAACUUGGGUGAGUGGAUACUAGGGAAUGGAGUUCUAGUUUAGACUCUAGAGAGAGAGAGAGAGAGAGAGAGAGAGAGAGAGAUUUGUGAAUUUUGAGGAAGAUGAGAUCCAUAGAAGAUAAGGAGAUUUCUGGGGGUAGUGGUAUAAAUUUUGAGUUUCAGAAAGCAAAUGGAGCUAGCAGGACACCCCAUCACAGAACAGCUUUAGGCAAACCAACACCUUCCAAAUGGGAUGAUGCACAAAAAUGGCUGGUGGGAUUGUCCAGAGUAGCAGAAAAAAACCAGUCCAAAACAAAACCCAGAAAUUCAAAUGCUGAUGACUUGAGACUCAUAGCUCCUGUGCCACAGAAGGAGCAGGACUAUUCAGAUGGAGAAGAAGAACAUCACCAACAAGAAGAAGAAAAUGGCUUUCCUGGGUCAGCUAUGGCGAAUCAGUACGAUGUGGAGACGAAGAAAGUGGAUUGUGAUGAUUCAGUGUGGAGAAGCAGCAAAAAAUCUAUGGAGAACUCGACAGCGGCUACGAGAUCUAUAUGUUUGAGGGACAUGGGGACAGAAAUGACCCCUAUUGCAAGCCAGGAGCCUUCAAGAACUACCACCCCUAUCCGGGCCACAACCCCGGUGGCGCGCAGCCCUAUAUCUUCGGGGUCAUCCACGCCGGUGAGGCCAUGUCAGCAUGGGAUGCAAGGCACUCAUCAGGGGUAUCAAACAUCCACUGAUGGGGGGAGAAGUAGUCAUGAUCAGGCCAGUUCUUGUGGGAGAGGGAGCGGCACAGCGAAACGGUAUGUAGAAGAAUCAAAUGCUUGCAGGGACAUGGCUGAGAAUCCGAGUUCAGAUCAAGGUACAAAACCGAGUCCCUUGGAAACAAGGGCAAUGGCUUGGGAUGAAGCAGAACGUGCCAAAUAUAUGGCAAGGUACAAGCGUGAAGAGGUGAGAAUACAAGCCUGGGAAAAUCAUGAGAAGAGGAAAGCCGAGAUGGAAAUGCGAAAAAUGGAGGUGAAAGCGGAGAGAAUGAAAACUCGGGGUCAAGAAAAGUUAACGAAUAAACUCGCAGCAACAAGAAGAAUAGCCGAAGAAAAGAGGGCGAACGCUGAGGCCAAACUCAACGAAAAGGCUUUGAGGACUUCAGAAAAGGCAGAUUACAUAAGGAGGACUGGUCACUUGCCCUCUACUUUCUCUUUCAAGCUGCCUUCUCUUUGCUGGUAGCAAUCUCUUUAGUACAGUAACAUCUACCAUUUCUAUUUCUUUUUUUCUUUCCUGUCACUUGUUGAAUAUGUAAUCUGAACCCUGUAGAAUUUUAUCAUAUUUAUUUAUUUUUCUUAUAAUAAUUUGGUACUCCCCAAUUCACCAAUAUCA